AUGCCCGACCUUACUAGUGGCCUACUCUCCAAUUGGAAAUGCCUUUCAGCAUGCACACUGGUCUCGAUGUCGCCAUUCCAGUAUGGCAUUGAUUUUGGCGCCAUCGGUGGACUUCAAGCCAUGAGGGGCUUUCUCGAAGUCUUCGGACAUCCUGAUCCUACAAGCCCAACCGGCUACAACAUCUCGACUAGUCGCCAACAGCUCAUCUCCUCUUUGAUGACCUUGGGCGCGUUCCUAAGCUCGUCAUGUGCAGGAGUGCUGGCAACGAAGCUCGGAAGACGACAAUGUCUAUGGCUAGCUAGCGCCCUAUGCUGUGUCAGUAACAUCGUCAUGAUGACCACUACGAACAUUGCGGGGCUUUAUAUCGGUAGGCUGUUGAUUGGUAUUGCGAAUGGCUGGUACAUGACAUUCUCGCAGCUGUACAUCCAGGAAUCUGCACCAGCGCGCUAUCGUGGUCUCAUGAUCUCUGUCUUCCAAAUCUGGACAUCUAUAGGAUCCCUCAUCGGCACUGUGAUUGAUAACGCGACACACGACAUGGAUGGCCGCAACGCGUACAUCAUCCCACUAGGCACCAUCUUCAUCGUCCCGUUUCUCAUGUCCAUCGGACUUUUCUUCAUUCCAGAGUCCCCGCGAUGGCUAAUCCUGGUCGAAAAACAACAAGCGGCGAAAAAAGCCUUGCUUUGGAUGCGCCCGCAUCCAGAAAGCGUACCAGAAGAGGUUGCGGAGAUUCAGGCAGCCAUCGAUGCGGAGAAAGCUGUCAAGGCCAGUGCAAAUUUCAUGGAUAUCUGGAGAGACCCGGUCGAUCGCCGACGUACUUUGCUGGCUAUUGGAGCGGUAACGACUCAAGCUGCUUCUGGUGCCAUGUUCAUAAUUGCAUAUGGAACGUACUUCUUCCAGAUUGCAAAAGUCGGUAGCCCGUUCAUGAACACAUGCAUCUUGACUGCUGUUGGCGUCUUCGCAAUCACAGUCAAUAGCUGCGUGAUCUCCAAGAUCGGACGGCGCCGCGUCUUCCUCAUGACUGGGCUUUCAAUCUGUGGCGUCACUCAGCUCAUCAUCGCCGCUGUAUACCACGUCAACCCUGGUACAACUGGUACCGGAAAGGCCAUUGUCGGAUUAUCAGUGAUCUACAUUAUUGGUUACAAUGGCAUGAUAGCAGCUUAUGCUUGGCUCACUGGUGGAGAAGUUCCAUCACAGCGCUUGCGUUCGUAUACAUUUGGUAUCGCAUCUGCAGUUGGGUUUGCGGGUGCUUGGCUUUGCACCUUCACGGCCCCUUACUUUAUCAACCCUGACUCUCUUAACUGGGGCCCAGAAUACGGCUGGAUCUGGGGACCUUCUUGCUUCAUCACCGUCGUAUGGGUUUACUUCUACCUUCCUGAGAUCAAGAAUCGUACACUGGAGGAGAUUGAUGAGAUGUUUGAAGCUAGACUACCUGCUCGCAAGUUUAGAAAAUAUGUCUGCACUGGUCAUUAUAUACCUGGUGCAAGUGAGAAAGGCGAGCGACACGACAGCGAGAAGGAUGAAGUGGUACAACAGGAGUUUAUGGGUGUUGAUAAGAGUGGCUGA